AUGACUUCUACAACGCAGGUUCUCAUUGCGCUCUCGAGUAUCGUUGUGGCGUAUUUCGUCAAGACUGCGCUGGCGAAGCGCAAGUUGAACCCCCGUGGCUUGCCUUACCCUCCUGGACCCAAGGGCCUCCCCGUCAUCGGCAACCUCACGCAGCUUCCCCAGCACAAACCGUGGCUCGUGUACAAGGAAUGGGGUCGAACCUAUGGCGAUCUCAUGUACCUCGAGGCGAUGGGCCAACCGAUGAUCAUCAUCAAUUCCCUCUCUCGAGCGUUGGACUUGCUGGACAAACGCGCAGUCAACUACUCGGACCGACCUCAUGUUCCUACUAUGGACUUGUGCGUAUUGAUGAAGCUUGACUGGGUAUUCGCGUUCAUGCAGUAUGGAGCAGACUGGCGCAACCAUCGACGCGCAUUCCACCAGUACCUGAACCACAAUAUGGUCCACAACUACCACCCCAUCCAAGAGCAAGAGACGCAAGAGUUCCUCCGAGCUCUGAUUGCUCGCCCCAAGGACUUCCUCGCUCACACCCGACACCUUUUCGGGUCCAUCAUCAUCCGCAUUUCGUAUGGAUUUGAAGACGAGGAAUACAACAAGGUCUUGGUCGAGGAAGCUGAGGCCCUGGCGUCGGGUUUCUCAGAGUCGAUCAUCCCGGGCAGAUACCUCGUCAACGCUUUCCCUUUCCUCAGGCAUGUUCCUUCAUGGCUCCCUGGUGCCGGUUUCCAGAGGACUAUGCAGUACCUCAGGAAGAUUAGCGAGAAGACCCUUUCCGAGCCUUUCGACAACGUCAAGGAAGCUCUUAAAACCGGUAACAGACAAGUUGGACCCAGUUUGGCUGUUGGCCUCAUCGAGAGUUUGCCCGAUGAAACCCAUGCGAACCGAACUUCUCUCGAAGUUGUGGCUAGGAAUACCAGUGCCUUGUCUUACAUUGCUGGUGCUGACACGACUGUGAGCUCUGCUCAAGCGCUAAUUUUGGCUCUCGCUAUGCACCCCGAAGUCCAGCGAAAAGCACAAAAGGAGAUUGACUCUGUCGUUGGAACGGACCGACUUCCUAACAUGAGCGAUAAACCUAACAUGCCGUACGUCCAAGCGAUCGUCAAGGAAGCCGGGCGCUGGCACACCGUCUUGCCGCUUGGCUUCAUCCACGUUAGUGCAAAGGAGGACGAGUACGAUGGGUAUUUCAUCCCCAAGGGAUCCUUCAUCUUCGUCAACACUUGGGCCAUUAUGCACGAUCCUGAUGUCUUCAAAAAUCCACUCCAGUUCAACCCCGAGCGCUACCUCAAGAACGGCCAGAUUGACACUUCUGUGCUGGAUCCGGAAGCAGCAACCUUCGGCUUUGGUCGCCGAAUUUGCCCCGGACGCUGGCUGAGCAACGAUUCUCUGUUCCUGAUGGCCGCUUCACUGUUGGCUACCUUCAACAUCGCCGCGCCCAAGGAUAGGACGGGCAAACCCAUCCCUCUGUCGUUGGAUACCUCGUCGCAUCUUAUCACUGCCCCACUGCCUUAUGACUGCGAGUUCCAACUCCGUUCUCCUAAAUAUGCGGCCCUGCUCCAGAAAUAGACUGCCGAUCGAUCUAUAUUUGAUAGUAUGUAGUAUGUCAAAAUUAACUCGGAUGGUGCGGUGGAUGUAGUGAGUGCCUAUAGCGGUGUUUGCGGUCAGGCACUCGUGCCGUUCGCGUGGCAUUUGUAGAAUAUGGUUAAUCUACUCUGUUCUGUCCCAAUCGAGUUUGUAGAAUAUGACUCGAUUGCGAUAAGCCUCUC